ACGCGCCGCGCGCUUUAAGAACCGGAGCACGAGCCUGCACACACCGGCACAGCCGCGGCACUAUGAGCGCGUGCCGCCAGCACAGUUAACUAACAAACACCCAAUAACACGGAGACACAAACACGCCCUAGAGCAUACGAUGGAACCGCACCGCUGUCUACAGAUGUGUUCUUCUGAUUUCGGCUCAGGAUUCGGAUUUAUUGAUUCGGGUUUCCUCUCUUAAUUUCCGAGGACACUGUGUUGAUUAUUUAUUAUUAGCUGAUGGAUUUGAAUCUGAUCAUUUAAUGCACGAGACGCUGGAAUACUACUGAUUUUUUGGGGUUGUUUUUUUUUAAUAUUAUUUUUUUGGUGGGGGGUAAAUAUUCUCAAGAAGAACAUGUAUGGAAUUAACCAGCGCUGUUUUUACUUAUCUUUUCACUUCUUCGUCGUCUGGUGCCAUGCACAGGGGGAGAAUGAGCCUUCUCCUGAUUUUAAGCAGCACGUGAGGGAGCAGGGCGCGCAGACGGACGAGCUCAGCCGGCGGCAGGUGCGCGUGUACCAGCUCUACAGCCGCACCAGCGGGCGCCACGUGCAGAUCCAGGGCAAGCGCGUGAGCGCCACCGCGGAGGACGGCAACACUUUCGCCAGGCUGUAUGUGGAGACGGACACGUUUGGCAGUCGGGUCCGAAUCAAAGGAGCAGAGAGCGGCCGAUAUCUCUGUAUGAACUGGCGAGGAAAGCUGGUGGGCAAGGCCAACGGCAGAGGCAGGGACUGCAUCUUCACCGAGAUCGUCCUGGAGAAUAACUACACCGCCUUCCAGAAUGCCAAGUAUGAUGGCUGGUAUGUUGCCUUCACUAGGAAAGGAAGACCCAUCAAAGCCUCCAAAACCAGGGAGAACCAAAGGGAAGUCCACUUCAUCAAGCGGCUCCACAAAGGCCCCCAUCCCUUCCCCAACUCGGACCGGCCUAAACACUUCGAGUUCAUCAGCUUCCCUCCAAUACGGCGAGCCAAGCGCAACAGGAAAUCACACACGGCUUCCUAACGCUGGGCGCCACAGACCUACAGGACUGUUGUUUUUUUUUAAAACUUUUUAUAACAGGACAGAAGAGGAAGCUAUAUUUUUUAUAUUUUCAUACUUAAUGGACAUAAAAAUGCCAACAACAACAAAAAAAAGAAGAGACGACUCGUUAUAAAGGGCUGACUUGUACAUAUGAGAGAUGAUGUAUAUAUUUAAUAAGCUCAGAAUGUUUGUUUGAGUUGUGUGAGCGCUUUGUGAAGAGAUGCAGGAGACACUGAAUUCUGGCAUAUUCAGUAAUAAAUGAGAUUAUAAAAUAUACGGAGUGACGGAUUUUAUAGAUCUCAUUGAGGACUACAGACUUUACAGCUGAUGGCUGGUUGUGAUGUUAGAUGGGAGGAGUAAAAUCUAACAUCUAUCAAUAUCCUGACAACAAAUCUAUCAAGGCCGAGCAACGCAUUAUAUCACCAAUGGCAUAACUACCUCAAUGUACACAUUACCAACCAAGCAAAAAAGAACAACAGUUCAUUUUCUAAACAAGAACAAAAUACAAAUUCGGUGGCACACAAAUUCGGUGUGAGGCGCUAAGGCUACAAAUUUAAAAAACAAUUGGCUGGAAUAAAUCCUCUGACCAAUACUACGGCAUGUUGUGGUCCAACAUUUCUUCAGUUCCAGACUCGCAACUUUAGUUCCUACCUGCAAUUAGUUCCCGUUUACUGUGUGACGCACGAAAAAUGGAAGAAAAACUUUG